AUGCAGCCGCCCCCAGACCCUCCUCAAGAACUCAAAAACUGCUGCGAGCUGCUGGCUGUCCGCCACGGGCUGACGGACUACAACGCGCAGCGGCGGCUGCAGGGCCAGCUGGACGUGCCGCUGAACGACACUGGGCGACAGCAGUGCCGCGAAUGCGGCCGCCGCCUGCGGAACCUCUUCGGUGGCCCGAAGGGCGCGGCAAUCUCUGCGAUCUACUCCAGCCCGCUGGGGCGGACUCGCGAGUCCGCGGAGAUCAUUCGGGAAGCAGCCGGCAUAGAAAGCGCUGUCGUGCUGGACAGCAGAUUGCAAGAAUGGAAUGCGGGAAUACUGCAGGGUCAUUUACUGGAAGAAUUGCCUUCUCUGUUUCCGAAGGAGUGGAACGCUUGGGAUAAAAGUAGAGACCCUUCGUUUGUAUUCCCAGGCGGAGAGAGUUUCCAGCAGCGCUACGACAGAGUAAAGGAGUUUUUCCUGGAAGUGACCCAAAAGCACUUGGGCGAGAGGAUUCUGGUGGUGACCCACGGGGGAGUGCUGGACGAUCUGUUCCGACUUGUGCGAAAUGUUCCAAUGAAUGUGAAAACAAAUGCUCCGAAGCUGAACGCAGAAAUCCACACUGUGCGGGCUCACUGGAGCAGCAGCAAGAGCAGCAGCAGCAGCGCCGCUGCCGCAGGGGAACCCCCCCCUGCUGCUGCUGCUGCUGCUGCUGCUGCUGCUGCUGUUACUUGGGAAAUAGUUUCCUGGGGGAAACUGGCUAAGGGGGACAGCCGCCUGACAGGCGAAGUUGACACCUCCACCCCAAUAGACAUUUCUGUCCGCGGCAUUGAGUAUGCCUAG